AUGUAUUUUGAAAUCAACCCCCCACCUAGGGUAUCAUUCAUUACGCUCAACCCUCCACCUAGGGUAUUUGAGCCUGACCUUUCACCAUAUUUUGAAAUCGACCCUCCACCUAGGGUGUCAUUCAUUACGCUCAACCCUCUACCUGGGGUGUUUGAGCCUGACCUUCCACCAUAUUUUGAAAUCGACCCUCCACCUAGGGUGUCAUUCAUUACGCUCAACCCUCUACCUGGGGUAUUUGAGCCUGACCUUCCACCAUAUUUUGAAAUCGACCCUCCACCUAGGGUGUCAUUCAUUCCGCUCAACCCUCCACCUAGGGUAUCCUCACUAGAGCCUGACCCUCCACCUAGGGUAUCCUCACUAGAGCCUGACCCUCCACCUAGGGUAUCCUCACUAGAGCCUGACCCUCCACCUAGGGUAUCCUCACUAGAGCCUGACCCUCCACCUAGGGUAUUUCCAUCGUCUCUUUCCAUCUCUCCUGAAACUUUCAGUUACCACUAUUAG